CACACACAUGGGGAGUGAGUAUUAAUCACUUUCGGUGAUAUUUCUAGUUCUAGGCAAACAUGUAGAACAUUCAACUGUAUCCCUUAUAAUCUUUGUGUGAGGUUGUCAAAGCAAAAUGAAUAUAAUUUCAUUAAGCAGCUUAUAUUAAUGCCUGUAUUUGUCCGAUUUACUUUCUUCCCAGGUCUGUUUUAGUAAUGGUCUUUCUACACAGGCAAAGUUUUGCCAAAUGAGUGUCACAAACAUGGCAAAGACUUUGAAAAAAACGGAGAACAGCCUGACCGAUGUUUUGUCAGUGAUGGCGAUCGUUAAUGACGACAUGAUCUAUUCAUUUCCGUCAUCAGAGGAAGAACUCCUUCCUUCUCAAUCUUACACACAAUCGAGGCAAAAACGUAGCAGUUCUGGAUCUAGCAGCGACGGAACUCCACCAGAACGUAAGAGACGAAACAAGACUUCUGAACAUUCGGCGGAGAAUUCAGAUGCAGCAAUUGAACAAAAAUGUCAAGGCAUUUCUGAAAUCUCCCUCAAAAAACUUGUGGAGCCCGAGAAGGAUCUCCAGAGACCACGUACCAGGAAGGAAGUGAUGGAGGCCAAACAGUUCGUGAUGAAGGCAGCAACCCACUUCCAGAGCUCCCAUGUCCUUCCAGUCCUCGCAGUAGAUGGCCCUUCUGGAACAGCUUACCAGCUCCUAGGAGGGGUGUGCUAUGCUCUUGCAGCUAAGGAUCUUGUUGACGAUGAAAGAUAUGAACAUCUAUCUCGUGGAUGGCGCUGCAGGGUGUACCAAAACCUGGACAAGGUUGAGGCAUUGAGAGUGGCAUCACUGCAUAGGUGUGGGCAACCUGCUGUAGACAAGCCGUGCUUGCAGGAGGAGGUUGCUGUCUGCAGGUCAAUUCUAUACGAUGACAACAACCUUGAUGUGGAGGAUGAGCCCUGCACUAUGACUGCCUCGACAAGACGCAAGUGUUCCCUAGCCCUUGGGAAAAAUGGCUCCUUCAAUGCACUGAGGGCUCUCGAGCCAACUUUCCAGUUGGCUAGUUAUUCAAACAGAUGCUACAGGAAAGCCACUCUCCUUUUCGAUGCAACUAGAGAAUCUACUGGAAAGGAUUUGAAACAAUGUUGUUUCAUGAAGCUACAAGGACUCUCAGAAGAGGAGCGAUAUUCACUUCUUCUGGAGGCGACCUUGUCUUUGAAUGUUAAAAAGAUGAAGGCGGAUGCCGAUGAACUGAAGGCAAUGAAGAGUCUGAAGAGCGUGUUUGCUAAGGGAGUUGGGGCUAAGACGUGGGAAGAGGCGAUAGAAAGAUACCCAACCUUCACUUCAGAAGCAGCCCUGGAACCCUAUGUUGGUAAAAAGUAUACAAAAGGUAACAUCCCAGAGGUCUUCCUGGAGCACAUCAGCAGGGCCAAGAGAGACAUGGACAUGAAUGCAGACGACAUCCCAGCCCUUAUGAUACAAGAACUAGAAGAGGAUAUCCAGUUAUCCUCAACACCAUCGGCUACUACCAGAAUCUUCCUGACAAAGGACAUCACAGCGAUAUCCAAAGUGGUCAGCCAACAUACCCGACACGAUGUGCAUAUAUUGCAUAUUGUCCAGUCCCCAGUAGGAGAUAUUCAAGAUGUCAACCAUAAUGUCUGUAUGCAGUAUGGUAUUGUCGAGUCUAGGAGGAGGGGUGCUGGCACUAGCCAACUCUACAUGCCAUCAAGAUCAGACUUCUACAAAUAUGCAGUGGAGCAUUUCACUUCUAUUGAUGAAGUGGUUCUUGACGUUGGAGACGGACUGCUGGCAAGGGUUGCAGCAGAAUGUGGACGAAAUGGGAGGAUGGUAGAGGAGACAACACUGUCCAGCACAGAAAUAGAGGCCAUGAUGGGUGCUGCAGACUCGGAGGAGAUUCUAGAUGCAGAUCUAGUAUUAAGCAUGGACCAGACGUGUUCUAUACCUUAGUGCAUUUUGUUUCUCUCAUUUCCUCACCUCGAUCACUACCUCAUUUAGUUCUGAAAAAUCUUGUUAAGAUAUGUGACAAACUAACGUUUUUAUGUAAAUAUUUUUAUACAGAUAUGGCUGGUAGGGUGUUUAUAUAUCAUUCUUUUGGCCGCUGGAGUUGUAUUUUCAUGAGGGAAAAUAAAACUCCUUUAGGUAGGCUAAAGAAUAUGUAUUACAUACAUAACAGGAAAUAUCUAUUAUAAUAUUAGAUAACCUUGAUUAAGACCAAGUCAUGGUUUUUACAUGAAAGUCUGAACACGAACAGUUUAAUAGAGUCUGAUCUACAGUAGAUAUCCAUUGUCUUCGCCUUUCUUCUCUGUGCUUAGCUGUUAUUAACGAAUAUUGUUGAUACAUGAAUACAUUGUCUUAGCUCAAGCGCGUAUGCUCCUACUGUUAUCGUUGACCAGCUGGUCAAUAUAACCAUCCAGAUGACCGGGCGUGAACUGUUAACAAUAAAUUGCAGUCCCCAUAUCACUUGACAUGCUGUGGACCAAUCACACCUUAGCAACUCUCUGAGCUAUCUAAUACAAGUAUUUAAGUCUAUGUGUAGAUGUUUUUAGUUUAGUAGAUAGGUGGCUGGACUACCGAUCAUUAGGUACAUGUAUGUGGUUCAAAUCUCGGCCACUUCACUAAGGUCUAGCUUUGGCAAGACCUUAACAUACAUUUACUACACUCAAACUAUGUUGUACCAAAAUAUGUAGCCUAGUUAAGGUCAGGUAACAUACAUGCAGGAGCACCUUGCUAUAUAGAUGAGCGCUAUACUAGAGUGCAAUAUUAUUAUUAUUAUCUUUUAUUAGAGCAUAUUUUUGUCUUGCCAAGUGAACUUGAUUACUUUGAAGGUAAUUUCAAAGGCACAGGGUUGGUGAACGUGACUCGUCACCUUAUUUAUUUUUCUAAAGCAUCAACACAAAAACCCACAUAUUAUUAUUUUAUCAAGGAUAAAAACUCGGGUCACAACUAUUGGGCCCUUGAUUUUGUUACCAUCUUGUCAAAAUGAAACACUCGAUCUAACUCAUUUCCAAGCAUCAGAAGACGGUUGUUGAUAUCAAUGAUGUAGUUGGAAGAUCAUAUACUUCAAAGUUAUAAUCAAGGAAUUAUCAGAGCUGGAGUCCAAACUGAGGAUAAUUUAUGCAAACAUCUGGCAGAUUCCAAAGGAUAGUCAAUAGAAUUAUUAAACUGCCUUGGUUCUUUGAUAUUUGAUGCGCGAUGCCACCAAAGUAAAAGAAAACAUUUUAGAGAGGAUGUGAACUUUUUGGGUUUUUGUUUGCACAGUUGAUUUAUUAUAUCAAUAAACAUAGAAAACAAAUAGGCAAUUGUUUAGUAAUUAUGUACGAUGCCACUCUGAAAAUCCCAUUCCUCAACAAGCAAGAUUUCUUGAGAUAUUGCCUUAAGAGUGUAAUAAAUAUGUACUGCUUCAAGUACAAUAUUGAUCCCUUGCUGAUUGCUUUUCUGAUUUUCAUAUUUUAUAUGGUACUAUCAAGAAAAUAUUUCUAUUAAAUUAAAUCAACCAGAGUAAAGUCCACAUGUGUCCACUCAUGGAAUUAGCAACUUUAAAUCUUGUAUUUUUGGACGUGUAUCUGUUUGCUUACACCUGGUUAUACCAUUCAUGAGCACUUUCUGUGUAACCAAUUAUCAUUAUAUUGAAUACCUUUAAUUGCAUAUGUGCAUCCUCUGUAGCAAUACUGGCCGCGGGUGUUUCAUCGUUAGUUCUUUUGAAUCAAUGUGCAUGUAUUCGGAGAGCGCAUAUAUAUUUGUCGUGGUUGUUGUGGCAUUGAGCCUACUUCAGAGGAAAUUGUUAAGCUUUUACUCCAGCUGUAAUUACUCCUUGUUAU